UUUAUUUGCUGUCUUUUGCUUGGGAGGGGAAUCAGUUGGAUGUAAAACUUGUGAUACUUGUUGAUGUGUCACUUCAUAAAGAAUAACAUAUACUGAGGAGAAAAAAACAUUUUUGGGCAACUAGGACAUUAUGACUCAAAGCGUAGUUGAUACCAUUUCAGAAUAAUUCAUAAGAUGUAUUAUGUUUCAAGUGGGAACGAAACGAAUAUCUUUUCAGUGCUAUUGUGGAAGAGUUGUUCAAGCAAACCUUGUAUACAUUUAUCUUCUAAAACGUUUUGUCAAAUAGUUUGCAAACCUUGUAUUUGAUAAACUAUAAACGUAACUCAUUUCUUAGUCUUUUUAAAACAAAGCAACGUAUAUAUUUCAUGUAGUUUAGUCACCUUGAAAAGGAGCGAGAGAAGUAAUCACAACCAGACGAUCUUCCCGCCGCUUCGAUUUCUGUUGAGAGAAUUGGAGGAUUUCGUUGUUCGACUUGAAAAGGAAACAACGAGUAAAUUAUAGGGAAGGGUUAUUCUUUUGAAAUCUAGCUCUGAAUCAGACAGAGUCUACAAUUUCUCUCAUUCGUUUGAACCUUGACCCGCUGUGGCACGAAUCUGAAACAGUCUGUGUUAUGCUGCAAUUAAUGGAAUCGGACCAUGUUUCUUGAAACACUGCCAGCAGAUGUUUUGAGGAAUAUAUGCUGUCACUUGGACGGUAUAUCUCUAGCUCGACUUUCUAGCACCUGUAGAAAACUUAGAAACGUUUGCUCAGAUGAGACUAUAUGGCUUGCUUGUGUCAAAAAAGAAAUCCUGGAAGAUGUCAAAGAAGAAUUUAUUCCGUUGUUAAACAAAAAUUCUCCCAACCAAAGGGGCUGGUAUAAGAUAUACCAAUCACUUCAUGGAGCUUCUUCACCCUGCUCUAGUGGUGACGGUUUGGAUUUAACUACCAACUCUUCGUUUACUUUCGAUAUUCCAGAUUUCUCAGGCUUGAAACAAUUUACUUUGAGUUUCUGGUUUUUCCUUGCCCGAGACGCAGAUACACGUGAUUUUCGUGCUCUCUGUUUUUUAGUUCCCAGUAAGGAAACCUUAAAUGGUACUUUAUGUUUACUAUUAGGAGAUGAAGACAAUCGUUGCCAUGUUUCUCAAGUCAUCUCGUCGAAUGGAAAUGUUCAAAGUGUUGAUGAGGAGUCCGUAUCGGUUCAUGAAAGAGACAGCUUUCUUGUAGCUUCAAGAGUUCAUUCCACUUUAAAGGAACUCCCAUUUUAUGAGUGGUCUCAAAUUGUAUUGGUUUGUCAUCCACAAGACUCUGAUGAACCUUGUGAGGCACCUUUUGAAAUUUUCUUGAAUGGAGAAUCACAUGGUGUGAAAUUCGCAUUGCCUGUCGAAUACAAUUUGGCAGCCAACUCCGUUCAAUUGACAUUCGGUUCUAUGGAUGGCCGCGCUAGGUUACCUAAUGCUUUUGGUCAUUUGAGUAGAAUCUUAUUGAUACCUCGUGCUGUCGACUCGUUGGGUUUAUUGGCAAUUUUACAUCAAAGUUCGCCCUUUCUACCUUAUCCCUUGUCUUGGAUAGUAUCGGCACAAAAUGCAUUUCAUGAACGUGUAAAUGAGAUUGUACAUGCGUCUAAAAGUUGUGACUUUUGUCAUAUCUUUCCAAUGAAAGGCAUUAUUUAUCGUUGUUUAGAAUGUUUUCCAAGCUAUGAUUUGUGUAUGAAAUGUUUCGAAUCGGAUGAGUUUAUAUUGGGACCAUCGCUUAGUGACCAUAGAGAUGAUCAUCUGUUUCUUCCUGUUCGGAGACCAUGUUCCUUUCGAUAUUUUACUUAUUUCAGACGUCAUUACUCGACUGGUUUGAUAAGUGUCACUACGAAUGAUUUGGAGCAAAUAACUUUAGGCAAUACUAGAAAUGAUGAAUAAACAAGGUCUGUUUGUCUGUUUGCGCA